AUGUUAUAGAGUAAUUUUACAUCUUACCUAGAGGGUUUAGAGAAAUAAAUAACUAAUAAUGAAUUAGAUUAUGAUGAAGCAACAGAAAUGAUCUCUAAAUUAAAUCCAUAGAAUUUAAUGGAGAAAAAAGAGUUAAUGUAAAUAAAAAAGAAAGUAUAACAAUUGAAAAAAGAUGUAGCUAAAGAGAAAAUAAAAGAGAAUUUGAAUUCACAUAUAUUUUUAUUAAGAGAACUAUUAGAAAAAAGUAGAAAUGUCAAUAAUAGUAUUGAGAGAUAUAAAUUAUUAAGUGAAGCUGAAGAAUAAAAAAAAAUUACAGAAGCUCUAAUUUACACCUUAAAUUAAUAUAAGGAUCAUAUUAGUUAAAAAUUUGUUGGGGAUUGUAAAAAAGUAAUAUUUGAAUAUGAAGAAGAAUUAAGAUAAUCAUUUGUGUCUGCAAAAAGAGAGGAGGUAAUAUUCAUAACAAAUUAAAAAAGUUUUUCUUAAUCUAUGUUUGUUAGUGAAAUAGAAUAGAAUGAGGGAGUAAAUUAAUUAACAAAUAAGAGAUCUGUAAGAGUUAAAAUUUAAUAAUAUUUUAAUAAAAUGUUUGGAUGUUUAAUUACAUAUAAUCAAUGA